AUGGCCGAGCAGCCUUUCAUCUCCGUGGCUAUAAUUGGCGGCGGUGCCGGCGGAUUGGGAACCGCAAUAGCCCUCGCCCAAUUACCAUUUCUCCAGGUGACGCUUUACGAAAAUAAUUCCGAACCUCGCGAAGCUGCCGCUGGUAUAAGUCUCGGUGCCAAUGCGUGGAAGGUUUUGGAUCUGCUGGGUGCAAGCCAGGGCGUUAAAGUCAACAAGCUCUGUCUUCUCUACUACGAUCAGGGGAAGCUGGAGAAGGCAGAGGAGAUGUACCAACGAGCACUAGCAGGCUAUGAGAAGACCCUCGGUCCAGAUCAUCCCUCCACGCUCGCCAGUGUCAGUAAUCUUGGCUUGGUGCUUGACAGCCAAGGGAAAUAUGAAGAGGCAGAAGCGAUGCAUCGACGGGCACUAGAAGGAUAUAAAGAGGUGCUUGGACGCGAGCAUCCUGACACGCUCACCAGUGUCGAUAACCUUGCUUAG